AUGACUACCUUGCCAUACACUGGAUCGAAUACAGAGCUGUACAGGAUGAUAAACGGGCAGAGAGACUUGACUCAGAAACAAAAGUUACGAAGGAUGGAGAACUCAAGUAAGAAUUCAUAUGUAAAGAGUCCGUCCAAGCAUGCGAAGAAUACUCCUUCAGGUCUGAGCAAAAAUUUGGCUGAUAGCGGAAAGAUGAAGAAACGUAAGAGAAGAACCUCUAAAGAAAAUGUAGACAACAAUGCUUAUAUGAAGAGAAGCGCAAAGGCCAAGCAACCUCGACGAUUAAGUCUAGAAGAUAGGCACCACCAUUUUCCAUCAUCUAUUAAAGAACUGGAGAGUGAUUACUCGCAAAAGAAGAUCAGCAGGAAAUCCCCGAAUAGGUUGAAGAAAGAAAUCUUGGAUAAUAUUUAUGAGGGAGGAAAAUCAUACAAACAUCAAUUUUCUAAUACCAAGAUUAAGAAUGAAAAAUCAAGAGACUCAAGCAGGAAUAUCUUAUAUGGAAGUGGAUCACCAUUACUGUCAGGAUCAGCCAGCCAGCUAGGCAAAGUCUGGAAAUUGAAAAAAAACAAAUCUCCUUUCUCUAGCAUCCCAACUAGUCAAUUUUCCAUGUAUCCGACUUCUGCUUCAAUCAAUAACAACACUCAACUACUGAAAACUUCUUCGAUGAUGACCCAGUUCAAAGACAUGAGCAAGAAGGUGAGCAAGCAACUUGGAAGAACAGCGCAAAACUUGAAGAAAGCAGGCACAUAUUCGCAGAAAGAUUUGAGCGUGAAGAAGAGCAAACUAUUCACUAAGAAACCUCAGAUGAGCAAACAUAGUGGAUGGGGCUACCAGUGUCCUAAGAAAGAUAGGAGUAUUAAUAAGUCAAAAAGCAAGCUAAGCACAAGGAGGAAGGGCAAGAACAAAUCCCAUCAUACUACUUCGAAGAGACAGUCAGACCUAGGUCAUUCUGAGUCUAUUAAGAACAACCAUAUCUUGCGUAAGUAUUUAGAAAGAGUCUCUGACCACAAUGGAAGCCAAGAUAAUGGAGGAUAUCGCACAAUUGAUCCUCAUUAUACCCUGGCCACGCAGAUCCAUAACACGACCAGCCCGAGUUACUGGCUCGACGAAGAGGAAGAACAGAGAAUUAGAGAAGAGCAUAUGAAUAAGCAAGAAUUAAAAGAAAUCGAAGAUAAGCUUGAAAGAGACCACAAUAAUUAUUUACAAAGAAAGCAGACUAACUCUGAAGACCAUGAUCCAGAGGAACAGAUCAGAAAUGCUGCAGAGACAGCAUUAAAGAACUUGUCUGAGUCUCAGACGAUGUUCGCCCCAGUUCUCGACCUAAUCAGCAAAUGUUAUGAUUCAUACAUCAUGAAUAUUGAGGAGAAACAUGAGGCACUCUCAAAGGUCCUGAAAGAUAAAGACAAGCAAAUAAUGGACUUUAAAGAGCAACUGAGUAAAUUCCAAGUAGAACUAGCCACAAGGGAUGAUCAAGUUGCAUCCCUUCAGGAAACAAUAAAAAGUAAAAUAAAUGAAAUUGAAAAAAUCAAGAAAGAAAAACUUGAAGUUGAGAGACCUUCGAAUUUGAUUGAAAACUAUGAUGAGAAAUAAGAUAUACAAAGAGAUUAAAGAAUUACUCAGUGAGAAUGAAGACCUCAAGACCUAUGCAACACAGAUGAAGGCUGAUAUGGUUUCUGAGUUAGAGUAUUCAAGACAGAGGGAAAACAAGUUAAUGUACUUCUUGUUCCUGCUGCAACAAAAAGAUUACCCUGUGUUUGAUGUCUUUGAAAAAUAUAUAUCAGGACUUGAGACAAACAGAUUUAGCACUGAAUUAGAUGAGGAUUACAAGAAUAUUUACAUAGAGCAGAUGAGGAAACUAAAAGAUUUGGGACUAUUAGAAAGAGAACCCCAUAAGAGUUUUUGUCUCCCGAAGGAUUGGAAAUUUGAAUAAAAUAUUCAAUUAUUGAUUUCAAAAAUUAUAA